AUGGAGAGAAAGCAGGGGUUUUUUUCGGCUUUGAAAGAGGAGGUGGUGAGGGGGUUGUCGCCGGGAAGGUCCAGGGCGAAAAGUCCGGCGAGGAGUGGGUCCCCAGUGUCGAGUUUGCUGAGGCGAAGGAGGAACCACCACGUGGCGCCGCCUGAGCCGUUCAUGAUUCCGAGAUCCGGGAGCUUGAGGCCCGCGGAGGCGUUGUCGCCGUUGAAGGAAGGGCCGGAUGGGACGGACGGUGGAGAUUCGAGGAUGGAGGGGAAGUGGGGCCACUGGAUGAAGGGACAGCUGUGCAGGGCUCCUUCGGUUUCGUGCUCAGCUUACAAAAGGUCGGAUCUGAGGUUGUUGCUUGGGGUCCUGGGUGCGCCGCUCGGCCCGGUGCACGUUAGCACCACCGAACCUUUGCCUCACCUUAGCAUCAAAGACACUCCCAUUGAAUCUUCAUCUGCUCAGUAUAUAUUGCAGCAGUACACGGCAGCAUCAGGAGGGCAAAAGCUUCAGAACUCGAUCCACAAUGCUUAUGCUAUGGGUAAGGUCAGAAUGAUAGCUUCAGAGUUUGAGACUGCCAACAGGGUUGUGAAGAACCGGAAUUCCUCCAAAGCAGCAGAGUCUGGCGGCUUUGUACUGUGGCAGAUGCAUCCAGACAUGUGGUAUGUGGAGCUUGCACUUGGUGGCAGCAAGGUUCAUGCUGGUUGCAAUGGACAGCUUGUGUGGAGGCACACACCUUGGCUUGGUGCACAUGCUGCAAAAGGCCCUGUUAGACCCUUGCGACGUGCACUUCAGGGACUUGACCCAAGAACCACUGCCAGCAUGUUUACCAAUUCAAGAUGCAUUGGUGAGAAGAAUAUUAAUGGGGAGGAGUGUUUCAUCCUCAAGCUUUCUACGGAUCCUUUGACACUGAAAGCCAGAAGCGAAGGCCCUGCAGAGAUCAUUAGGCAUGUUUUAUUUGGCUACUUCAGCCAGAAAACAGGGCUCCUUGUACACUUGGAAGAUUCCCAUUUGACCCGCAUUCAGAACAAUGGAGGUGAUGCUGUCUACUGGGAGACCACAAUUAACUCAUUUCUCGAUGAUUACAGGCCGGUUGAGGGAAUUAUGAUUGCUCACUCAGGACGUUCGGUAGUAACCUUGUUCAGGUUUGGAGAAACUGCAUUGAGUCACACCAAGACCAGGAUGGAAGAAGCUUGGACAAUUGAGGAAGUGGCAUUCAAUGUCCCUGGCUUGUCAAUAGACUGUUUCAUCCCCCCUGCUGAGCUAAGAUUUGCUUCUAUGAGUGAAACCUGUGAGCUCCCUCAGGGUCAGACUGUAAAUAACACCAUGGCAGCAGCUGCUUAUCGAGCCAAAGUUGCUUCACUCGAGAGGUCUCAUCAAGGCAAUGUCAAUAAUGUGAUGUGGAAGAUGGAUGCUUAG